CCCCAGCCAACACACACCAACUAACAGCGCGUUAUUCAACAUGGAAGACCCAUCCAGCCAGUACAUCAAAAUAACAGAGCAAGAUCGACGGCAUCAAGCCCCCCUCCCCCUUACCAACUAGCCCCAAAAAGCAAACGCUAACAGCCUCAGCAGCCCCAACACCCCGAUCAUCACCAUCUCGCUCCGCGCCGCAGACCCCCAAUAUGUCCUUGACCCCACUACUCUGGGCUUUCGCAUACACGCUCACUGGACCUCAGACCAAGAAAGCAGCGGCGAAGGGCAAGACCAAACCUGCAUCCUAGACUGGACCGGCGUGGAGGCGGGGGUCCUCUUAUUCCGGCUCCUGCCAAGGGGGAAUUAUGAGCCGGUGACGUUCGAGCAGAAUGACUCGAACACCAAGUCCCCGCAUCGUCUUUUGGGCUUCACACAGCUCGAUAUCCCGGAUCGAUGGGUGCUUGCACCGGGGACCACGACCGCCCCGAUGCAUCCGCGCAUUGAACGGCACGCGUACCAUGGCCUACAACCGGACGAGCGGUACGAGAUCCUAUGGCCCGGCGCUGAGAUUCCUCGCUGGGAGUUGGGGGAUGCGAGAGAAGCAACAGCUCCGGAGCGCAAGCCUAAGCCCAAGCCCAAGCCCAAUGUAGCCCCCCUCGUGAUUCCCGGCGGAGCUCGAUGCUCGUUCAUGCUGAAGGGGGAGAGGGAGCCGGGGCCGAUGCCGCGGGCAUGGAGCCCGCCACCACUGGAGCAGACGGAUCGAGUUCCCGGCGCCCCAGUCCUCACCGUUGAGCUGAAGGCUACGACCUCGCACUGGAACCCAAGAAAACGCCUCCCCAUAACAUGGACGAUAACGUAUCACGGCACCGCCGGGAGAGAAGACCAUCCCCCCACCAACCCCCGGCCCAUCACCUUCCGCACCUACAGUUUCUGCACUUACGGAGCCUUCCGCGCGUAUCGCCAGCGAUACAAGGAUGGAGAAUGGGAGUCCUACGACGAAGGCGGGAGCUGUCAGUUCCCCAGUGGUCCCGACGAUCCCUAUCAAGUGAUCGUGGGCAAGGAGAGAGAAAAGGCCCGCUUCAUCAGCCUGCGGCCGGGGCAGACGUACUCGAGGUCGGUGCAUCUCUACUCGCAAGACGACCUGCCGCCGUAUCCGGCUACCGGGGAGGUCCUGCGCUAUCGGUUCGUUGGCUGUGUGCUGGACUGGUGGGAUUGGGGCACGUUGGAGGAGCAUGUUGAUACGGCGGUGACCGUGCCUGGGUUUCUGGGCGGGGAGGUCCUUGAGCCCAGGGAUAAUGGGGGGCGAGCGAGGGUGGUUGUGCCUGCUUCGAAUCUGGUCGAGUUUACUGUUCUUUGAGGCCGCGUUACAUACCGUUUCUGUUUGUGGAGUUUGUUCUCAUGUGCAGUGAGUUAGAUCUCUCACAUUUUGGGUACAUAAACACUCAUCAGACUGUGUUGUGGCUCGAUUUUCGUGGCAUUCUUGCGUGAAGCACGGGUUCAUAGGGAGAGAGAAGGCUACGAAUGAUAGGGGGAAGGAGGUGACGUAUGGGACGGAUCAUCUUGGCUGGGAUACGUGUGAGUGUGUGUGUAUGUAUGUGUCAAGGUGGUUGGUCAAGAUCUGUUGCAGUCGAGAGGAUUUAUUUGAAGAGUAUAGUACCUUAAGUAUAGGUAGGCACUGGCUGCUGUGGUUGCCGUGGGUUGCUCUGGCG